AUGAGUUUUGCUGACCUUGAACGCGGCCAAGGGGGGUUCCAGAGCUCCUCAGCUCUCGUUCCCACAUCUCCUUCCGACGCCGAGUUCUUGGGGCUACAGAAAUCGCUCUCUGUCCAAAUAUUCAAGAUAAACUCGAAUCUGGGGACUGCAAGGGAUACUGGUACAGUUAGGAAGGGGCUUCAUGAGCUAACCGAAACUACUCGGGAACUUAUAAAACGUGGCACCGAUGAUCUCAAAACGCUCUCGACGCUCCAGAGAAAUCUAGUUACCUCAGCACAAAGCACUUUUACAGAAGACUCCCACGACUUCCAGGUGUCCUUGGUGGCAUUCCAGCGCGCUCAAAAGGUUAGCGCAGAGAGACAAAGGACGGUGGUUGAUGGGGUCAAACAGGCGGUGGAGGACAAUGCUAACAGCAGUGGUGCAGUGGCGAGCUCCCUCAAUCUCAAAGACAGAUCCAAGCUUUCCAAAGCCGAAUUAGCACACCAAGAAUCUCUAAUUCAAGAGCGUGAAAUCGAGAUUCGAGAAAUUGAAACUGGCAUUCACGAACUCAACGAGAUAUUCAGAGACUUAGGCACUUUGGUUACAGAGCAAGGCACAAUGCUAGAUACUAUCGAGGCCAAUGUUGACAGUGUCGCCUUGACACGCGUGACGCAGCACAGCAGUUGGAGCAAGCUUCCGAAUAUCAAAGAAAGGCUGGUCGUCGAGCAGCUUGCCUUAUGCUUGUGGUCGUCAUAG